CGAGGUUUCUAAAAUUUAGUACAUACUAAUCAUUUCCGAUCCAUUCUAUCUUAGACCUUGGUCUGUGCAUAAUAUUAAUCAUGGUUUUAUGACUUUUAUGCCUUAAGUCUUGGAUAAAUUAUCUAUGAAAGAUGAUUAAAAAUAAUUUAAAAUAAACAUUUGAUCUGUACUAUGGAGGUAAAUUAUGAUAUGAUAAGAAACGUUUCACGUUUGUAUUUAAUCGUUUGAUAAUGUUCGAUAUCGUAAUUUUAAUUUAUAAAUUAUAACGUAAAAGUUUUAAAUUUUUUUCAUAUCAUGUUAAAAUGAUAUUUGAACAUUUAAUUAAUUAUUUCAUGUCAUUAAUUAACCUAGUCGUCAUCAGACUUGGUUUACGUGAUUCCAACAACAGUGACUUGGAAAUCGUGUACAAAUCAAACGAUUUUAUUAUUGUCAACAAACCUGAAGACAUAUUUACAAACAAUCAUAACAAAACAAGGCCGUCCUUGGAUGUAUUACUUGGAAAGAAAUAUCCACAUUUAGUAAACAGCAAAUUAGAACAUAGUUUCUAUUUUGUACACAGGUUAGACUUUGUGACUAGUGGUGUGUUAUGUAUUGCUCUAAACAAACAAGCGUGUGCCAAAGCUUCGGGUGCAAUGCAAAAAAGAAUAUCCCGAAAAUAUUACAUAGCGCUAGUCAGAGGACAUGUGUCUAAAGACCAUUUGGAUUUGAUCAACCCUAUUGGGUACUGUGCUAGAGAAGCGAAUGGAAAUCAUAAAAUGUGCACCGUGGACGAAGAAUGUUGCACCGAACCUCGGGACGCACACACCCGGCUAAUAGUGUUGGAGCGUGGCGUGUACAUGUCGUAUCCCGCGACCAAAGUCCUGUUACAGCUCGUCACUGGCCGACGUCAUCAACUUCGGGUGCACUGUUCAACUAUUGGCCACACGAUCGUCGGUGAUUACACGUAUAGCGGUCGCAAAGACACGAGUCCUUGCCGUACGUUUCUUCACUCCUACAGACUGGAAUUAGGUGUCGACGGCAUAAACGUCCAGACGAAUGAUCCGUUUACUGAAGCCAAACUUAAAGGUUUAUGGAUCCCAGUGGAAUACGUGAACAGAGUAGGAGAUGAUUGUUUUCGACUGUUUGGUAGCUGCAGCUGACGUUCAUUAAUUGUGAUUUCAGAGUAUCAUACCAUAUAUUCAUGUACAUAUCAACAUAAUAGCCUAUUUUAUUUAAUAUAUUUAACACCUAUAGUAGUAUUCGGUAAAAAUAUCUAAAGUAUAUAAACUUUUCUCUAAUGAUUUUUAGUCGCUUCAGUUAUCUAAUAAUAAUACCAUCAUAGUAUAAUGAAAUAAUAAUAUAAUUAAAGUUCAGUAAGUUCACCAAACUUUUCAUAUUCUGUGACCAAACUGAGUUCAUAGCGUAUACAGUAUGUUAGACAUGUGUACCUACUACCUAUCUAUUAUCUAUAAUUCGAAUAUGAUACGUUGAUAUCUAAGGAAUUAGAACUUCACAUAAUCCAUAUUAUUUGUAAAAAAAAUUAGUACCCAGUUAUGUUUAAAACAGUUUAAAAUCUAGUUCA